CACUUUUUCAGCAAUGGCGACGCCAGCGAUCGUCGUCUCGGGCGUCUCGAGCGGCGUCGGCAAGACGUCGCUCGCGAUUGGUCUCAUGGCGGCUCUCACCAAGCGCGGACUGCGCGUGCAGCCGUUCAAGGUCGGCCCGGACUUUCUCGAUCCGAUGCACCAUACGCUCGCGUGUGGUGUCGCGAGCGUCAACCUCGAUGGCUUCAUGAUGGGCCGGGACGAGUGUCUCGCCACGUACCAUCGCGCAUGCGUCGCGACAAGGGCCGACAUUGCCGUCAUCGAAGGCUGCAUGGGGCUCUUCGACGGCACGAACGGGGCCUCGGACGGCGGCAGCUCGGCCGAGAUCGCCAAGUGGCUGCACGCGCCCGUCGUCCUCGUCGUGGACGCGUGGUGCAUUGGACGCAGCGCCGCGGCCAUGGUGCACGGCUACUGCUCGUUCGACCGCAACGUGUCGUUUGCCGGCGUCGUCUUCAACAAGAUUGGCGGUGACGCGCACGCCCAAUGGCUCCGUGACGCGAUGCAGUCGUCGCCGCUCACACAGUCGGUGCGCGUCUUGGGCUGCGUCCCCAAGGACGUAUCGAUCGUCGUACCCGAACGCCACUUGGGGCUGCACAUGCCAGACAAUGCAGCACACAUCCACGGCCUCGCUCGUCUCGUCGAGGCCCACAUUUGCGUCGACACGCUGCUCGCCAUGCACUCAAAGCUCUGCAUGCCCGUCGACGAGCCACUGACGCCACGAGCGACGACAAGAUCACCGCCCGUGCGGCUCGGCGUCGCGCGCGACGAAGCGUUUUGCUUUUACUACGCCGACAACCUCCGCGUGCUCGAGGCCGUGGGCUUUACCCUCGAGUUCUUCUCGCCCUUGCUCGACGUGAAGGUCCCAAACGUCCAUGCGCUCUACUUUGGCGGCGGGUACCCCGAGCUCCACGCCACUGCGCUAGAAGCCAACGCGUCGAUGCGGGCGUCAGUCCGAACGUUUGCCGCGUCCGGAAAGCUCGUGUACGCCGAGUGCGGCGGUCUUAUGUACCUUGCGCAAAAGCUCUUUGAGAAAGGCAAGGCUGUUGCCAUGGCCGGCGUCCUCCCGAUUGACGUCAGCAUGACUCCACGCAUGACGAUGGGCUAUUGCGUGGCCGAACUCUCGGUGGCCUUGGCGACGUUAUUGCAGCUGCCGCGCGCGACAGCACUGGCGUGCCAUCAGUACCACUUUUCGGAGCUCACGUACAAGGACCAGCCGGCGGCACUGCUCGACGCUGACGGCGCGGUCGUCCAACUGGCCGGCGUCGAGGCGCCAGCGUACCAAUGUCGCAUGGAGCGCCCGGACGCGGCGUUCGCACCCGAAGGCGUCGUUCUCGGUGGCACGAUCGCGUCGUACUGCCACCUUCACUUUGGCUCGCACCCGGCGUUUGCGUCGGCGCUCCUGGCUACAGCAAAGCGACGCCUGCCGCUCGUGUCGUUUGAGCCGAGUGCGACCGAGAUUGUUGGGGCUAUCUGGGACAGUCGGCUGCCAUGUGACAACGACGACGAGACGACGCGCCGGGCCGCCAAGAAGGCCCUUCUGUGUGCCGUGAGCGAGUUUUGCGAUGCACCGGCACACUACACCACGGGCGUGCCCCGCAUCACCAAGAGCUUGAUCACAGCGACGACCUCCGAAGCCAUUGAAGCCCAAGUCCAAGCCUUCCACGCCCAAGGCAUCCGUGAUCUGCACGUGAUCGACACGACCUUGCUUGCGACCUGUCGCUCUGGCGUCGUCUUUACGCAGGACGCUUGCGAUCGGUGCUCGGCAGUCGAUAGCGCUGUUGCUCUCGCCCUUGACGCAGCACAUUUGCCACGCGACGUGGCUUUUCCCAUCCAGCCACGGACGGUCUCUGACGUGCUUGAUGGUAUACUCGCGGUCGGUCGCGUCCUCGGCGAAGACGCUCGGGCGACGCAGCUGCACGCGGCGCUUACUACUCGACUUGAUGCGGUGGUCGCUAAAGUCGAUGGACUCGGUCGACCGCGUGUGUUGGGCCUUGAGAGCGUCUUUCCCCUUGUGGCGUCGGGGCAGUGGUUGCCCGACAUGCGGUGUCGUGCCGGUGGGUCCGAGGCGUUGGCCGACUCGUCGCCGGGGUGUCCGCCGCGACGCUUGAGUUGGCCCGACGACAUUGUGCCGUCUCGACCUGAUGUCCUCGUCGUCGCGUGCUGCGGCAAGUCGGCGUUUGAGACGGUGCGGGACAUGGAGCAGUAUUUGCUAUCGCAAGAUGGGUUUUGGCAGCUCCCGGCGAUGCUAGCGACGCCACCGCGGUUGUUUGCCGUCGACCAUGGCGUUCUGUCUCGCCCAGGGCCGAAUAUCAUCUUGGGCAUUGAGAUCCUCGCUGGCCUCCUACAUUCUACAAGCCUCGAGGCGCCUCCCGAGCUCAAACACGUGUGCAUCUUGCAGUACCGAGGUCCCCGGUUCGCCACCGGCGAGGCAUUUGUGUCGCACUUUGAACCCGUGCUUGCAUCGACCGAGCGCGCGCCGCCGUCGACCGAGCCCGCAUGGCGUACCCUUGAGGCGAGCGGGCCACCGGCGCUGGCGGCCCACGCGGUAGUCGCCUCGCGUGACACGCUGUACCUUGUCGGCGGCGAAGACACGGCGUCGACGCGAACGUCGGCUGUGUGGCAGUGGACACCGUCGCAGUCGUGGGAGCUCCUGCCGUGCGCCACCGUGUACGGCGAGGACGACGUGCCCACAGCGCGGUCCAACCACGCCGCCGCGCUCUGGCACCAUAUUCUGCUUGUUUUUGGCGGCUGGGACCAAGAUGGUUUACAACCGCUCGGACAGCUCGAGCUUCUCAACCUCGACACGCGCUGCUGGACGCACGGCAGUACGACUGGCGCUGCGCCCUCGUCGCGGGGCAACCCCACGCUGGUUGUCGACGCGCAGCGGUCGAUGGCGAUCGUCUUUGGCGGCUGGAACAAAAUCGAGCGCUUCAACGAUGUGCACUUGCUCGACUUGCGCACGUGGGCAUGGCGCGAAGUCCGGUCAACCGCGGUUGCACCGCAAAAGCGCACCGACCACGCGGCCGUGUGGGCGGACGACCGCAUGUUUGUCCUUGGCGGCUCAACGUGCGACGGACCCAUGAACGACGUGUGGGUCUGGAGCCCGAGCACAGAGGCGUGGAGUGAGUUGCAUUGCUCUGGCGAUCUUCCCGCGCCCCGAACGUCCCACGCGGCUGCUGUCUGUGGGCGGCACAUUCUGAUGACGGGCGGUCAGUCUCAUACGACGGCCCGCGGCACGAGUGUGUUUGCGUCGAGUUACGCGCUCAACAUCGACUCGCUCGAGUGGACUGCACUGCCCAACUUGCCGCUCUCUAUCUGUCGGCAUGGCACCGCGGUCCUCGGCGAUGUCGUGUACGCAUUUGGCGGCUACGAUGGGCAUCAUGUCACCCAUGGCUUGCACGAGCUGAGUGUCUCUGCGGCUGCCUUGCCCUCGAGCCCUGUCCCUGCGUCGGACACGAAGCAAGCUGUCGCGUCGCCUGCUGUAGCGAACGAGGUGCUGCCGGUCGUGUCGUGGGCACCGACCACGCCGCUGACGCUGAACGACUUGGUGAACGACCCAAGCAUGGCCGACGACCUCGCCGAGAUUGACGAGGUGGAGCUGGACGAGCAGCCGAGCGAGCGGUACCGGUUGCUGCACAAAGUGGCGUGCGACCGCGGCUACCUCCAGUACGUCGACCCGGCGUCCGGCUACACGGUCUUCACCGCGAUUUUUCUCAAGAAGCGCGCGUGCUGCGGGUACAAAUGCCGCCACUGCCCCUGGGGCCACAAAAACGUGGCCAAGAACAAGACGACGAAUACGCAUACGAACGCGUCCCUCGAGUGGUAGAGAAGGCGAAGCGCCAGCAACUAGAUUGAUGAGAAAUGCAUCGGUUAGAGCUCUUC